UUAAGCUUUCGAAAUUAUAUCACUCAUUCACGCGUCACAGACUCACAGUUCCGAUUCUAAUUCCUGCAUAGUUUUGAUUCGCUUCCGCUUAAGCAAUCAGAGAACGCGAGAGGCAUCACUCGUUGUUAGGUUUACCAAUGUUAGAUCUUUGCUCAAUUCCUACUGUACUCAGUGCGUAGUUGUUGAAGGGAUACGGAUUACUGUUUUGUCCACGAUAAUAUCAACAGUAACACGGAUUACUAUUUUCUGGUUCGGAAUUGGUUGAUUCUGCUUUUGCCAUAUAUUUGAGAGUGAGACUAAAUCUUGACGAUUUCGCUAAAUCAAGAUCUUUUCAGUGGAACCUCUCUCUAAAACAAUGGGGGAUCUCUCUCGGAAGAUUGAUGUGGACAAGUUGAUCUCAUACAGCGAUGAUCUCGUGGCUGUGUUGAAGGACGAGAGGGACAUGAAAACCUUGACACAGUGUCUGGAACAAUCUAAGUCACUUCAGUCCUCUUUCUUUGCUGAUUUCAAUGAAAUCCAGAGCUCUAUUGAAGAUUAUCAGAGAAAGAUCGAUGCAUGCAAGGAAAAAACCGAAAAAGCAAAAUCUGAAGUUGCUGCAGAUUCUGAUUUUGAUCUUCUCCAAAAAGAGUUAGAAGAAGAGCUCCAGAAAGAACGAGAGCUUAUGGAAGAGCUCAGAGUUAUCUCCAAUGAGAUUAAUGAUCUAGAGCAUCAAAGGGUCUCUUUUGAAGAACGAAAGCAAAAUAUAAAGAAACUCGAGCAGGAUGAACUGAGGGCGCAGAGGAAGCUUUCUAUGUAUGCUUCAGUCACAAAUACCAUCCCAAACUUGAAUGAUGACUCCAAAAUCUCAGGCCAUAUAGUGGAUAGGGAUAAAAGGGUGGUUGAGAAGUUUGAAUUCGAUCCGACAAAGAUGAGUGGCUUUGAUACAUGUCAGACAAUCUGGAAGGUGAUAAAUUUACAAUAGUUUUGCAUGUUUUUAUGUUCAUAUGAUGUGCAUUCAACAUGUAUGUUGUCCUGUAUUUGACGCUGAGAGUCUAGUCAUUUGUUGGAUGUAUUACGCCAUAUCUUGUAUAAUUUUGUGGUCACCUUGUCUAAUUUUAUAUUUGUUGGCAGUUUAUUUAUGUUGUAUGAAUUUAUUUUAUGUGAUGGACUAGCUGUUUAAGACUGGUCGUCGUAAUUCCAGGGUGCUGGCUAUUUGUGUAUGAUUAAGUAUCCUUCUGGCUUAUGUAUGGAUGGAGAAUUUCUCA